UAAUGUAAGAUUUUUUUAAAGGCCAUAGUGCAAAAUCUUAACAGUUCUAUACAAAAAUAAUAGAGAGUUAAGCAUAAUUUGCAUGGGAAGUCAAAAGAAAAAUAUCCAAAAAAUGUGCUUUUACUUUGAACAAUUUAACAUAACCUAUUAGAAGCAUGAAGUGUAAGACAUUAAAGUGUGUUUAUGAGUAAGGUGUUAUCUAGGUUAUACUAUAGAAAUAUGAUUAAGAAAAUGAUAUAUUUAAAUGCAUUUAAUGUGGAGAAGAAAUAACUAAAUAAGAUCUAUUUUUUGAUUCAGAAUUAUCCAAAGCUUUAAGGCUUAAUGGAGUCUGCUAUUUGAAGAAUAUGAAUCAACUAUCAAAUGUCUAGAAAUAAAAUUAUAUGAUUGUUAAUAAAGAUAAUUAAUAAGCUAAAUCAACCAUAGAUAUAUUGGAUGAAAGCAAAUAUCCAGAAAUAGAAAACUCAGAAAAUUAAUAGCUAUUAUAAAUUUUAGCAUUAAACAUUUACAAAUAGAGAAUGGAAACUUUACAUUUUUUAAUGAACUAAUAGAAAGAAUUAAGUCUAUAAAAAUAUGCUAAGUCAGAGUUUUAUCAAGAGAAGGUAAAUAUGGAAUAAUCUAGAAAAUGAA